AUGAUUUCAUCGAGAACCGUUCUUUCAAUCGUCAUCGCUGCGCUGUGUGCCGGGAAGGCUGCCCAUGGAAUUCCGGUUCCACAGGUACUCCCUGGAGGCGGUCUUAUGUGCGGUGGAUUGGGGUGGACAGGCCCGGCGCAAUGUACUGAAGGCCUAUGUGAAAGGGAUUCUGAGUACUGGGCGAUAUUUCACUAG